AUGCCCGCCACUACCACCACAAACACCCAGCAGCAGAACAUCGUCUUCCCUACAGCGAUACCAGAAGAGGCGCAGAUGCAGACGAGGCAGCAGUCACCACCGCAAGAACCUGAAAUCGUACCCGUGCCGUCCAUCAUCGCCAACGAGGGCACGGAGUCGGACGAGCAGAGCUUCGACCUAGACGGAUUCCCGAUGCCGCCAGACUUUACGGGCCAGGAGUACCUCACUCCCGUCGAGGAGGUUGAGGACUGGGUCGAUUUGGAGGAGACGUCGGGCAAGGUGUAUGCCUUUGACCCGGCGCGCUCGUCGUCCGACCCGGCUAGAGACGAUGAUGGGUCGGAUUUGGAUAUCCCGUUCUCGGAUGACUCUACGUUGAGAGGGGAGGAGCCGCCGUUGAGUACGGCGCUUCAUGUGUAUCAGUCAAUGUACACCGGUGAGGGCGUCCUGGGCGGUGUGCAUUCGGCUGCUUUGGAUGUUGUCUAUGACACCAAGAGAAGGCGGCAAUCGCUGUUUAGAUGGCUGCAUGUACAGCAAGACAUGAUGAAUUUUGACGAGUUUACUAAUGAGAUUUCUCGCGCACUCUCCGAGUCGGAACAAAAUGACGUCCGCAAGCUGCUCUCCGAUGUGAGGAAAAACUACUCCAAGACCAUCCGCACCUCUCGCGACACGACGGUCAAGCACAUGGAGCCCAGCCACCUCGAACUACCCCUCCAACGCGGAGGAGACCAAGCCAAAGGCUCGGCGACAGGAAAGCGUUCCGUGACUUGGCUCUGCAUCCCGUACUUUUCACUCGAAGAGUAUUCUGGAAUCCUGGCCACGGGAAACCCGGGAGCAUACCCACCCCUCACGCUGCUGCAGUUAGCGUUCUCAAGGAACUCGCAGAAACGGGAUAUGCUCCAGGCGACGCGUCAAAUUGGCAACGGAGGGAAAGACAUGUGCUUCCACAUUCGACAGCUGUGGUGUAUCGUCCUGGAUAACUCGCUGCUCAUCACCUGCGGUUCCAUGUACGAAGAAGCCCUGCGCGGCGAGACUGUCACGAUGACGUCUGAGCCGGCGAGAGAUCCGACCUUGGGCGCAGACACGGGACGAAUACUUAUCCAGCACGGCGAGUCGGUGAUGUGGUCGUUUCCUCUCGAGGAGUGCAGAACCUGGUUUGCGUUUAUUGCGCACUUUGCCGAUUUCUGGCCAAAGGCGGUCCGUUUCCACUUCAACGGUCGUCUUUUGACGGAAGCGCGUUGGUGGAAGGUGCUUCAAUUUGCCAGGACCUCUCGCAGGAAUGUCGUGAUCAGCAUGGAAACAUGCACACCACCACAAUUACCGCCAAGCGGCAUUUUGAGACCUAUCAAACAAGGCCUGAGCUGCAAUGUAGGGCAAUCGUCUGGUGGCCUACAGCUGCCCAGAUCUUCAGCUGGAAACCGGAUGAGCUUCCCACCGGGACAGUCCAACAAGACCAACGAGAUGUUUCACGCAUUCAGCUGGGCCGAAGCAAGAUCGCCCAGCCCAAUGGAAGGUCCCAACUUUAUCGUCCUUCAGAAACAGCUGUCCGAAGUCGAGGAGUUCCUGACGGCUGAGACCAACGGGCCAGACCGGCGGGCUUAUCUGGAGGCUGAGAUGUCGACGAGAAAUGAAGUGUUUGAGUACCUCGAGCAGCAGGGGGCGCAGAUACAGGAUACGAAGAAGUUGUGGAAGAAGCAAGAUUAUGACGAGCGUGUUGAUAUCUUUAACGCGGCUGACUCCUUGUUCCGCUUCUUCUUGCCUCCAUUGUUUGAUGGACCGACAACGGAGAGGUUUUGGGGUGCCGUGAUGAACUUGGUCAGAAUUCCUCAGCCCCAGACCACCGAGGGUAAGUCUCAUCCGAACAACCUCGACAAGAUACGUCGCGAAGCCGUCUACGCAAAUGCCCCCACGGUCAGAAAAGCACUGCGCCAAAUGGCCCUCCCCGUCAUCGCCUUCAAGAGCAUCCUGUCCCAUGCCGAACCCACAGACCGGGUGGAUAUCGACGUUCCGCUGGAGCUGAUCCGAGCCUGGCUUCAUCUGGUCAUGGGCCUGAUCUACGCGAGUCACGAAACGCACAUGUGGGAGGACCAUCUGGAGGUAGCGGACACGCUGGUCAAGAACGGCAUGAAGCACAUGAUGGAACGGCUGUCAAGCCUUAAUCUGCUGGAACGGUCUUCCGUCCUCCCGCUCGAGGUGGUGUCCCUGAUCAGCUACGGCCUCUUGUCCAACACGUCUGGAAAGUAUGCGGGAAUUACGGACACUUAUUCAGAGUAUCUCAGAUCAUUGGAAAACGAGAUUGCAAACGGGCAGUCGGACAUCUCGUACCAGCAACGGAUCAACUUCUUGCGCCAGGAACUGAGCGUGAUUAACCGCGCAAUUGCAGCGCAAAACAGUGUCUUUAGCUCUAUCCUAGCCUCUCGUCAAGAAGGUUCAUCCGCAGCAGCGAAGCUUCACCGAUCGGCUCGAACUCAGGUCGCCGCAGCCAACUACCGCGAAACAGCUUCUCUCAAGCCUCAUUUGCGGAUGGGUAGAAGCAGCGGCAGACAUGGCGCCGGCGAUGACGAAGACGUGCAGGUGCUGCUGGAGCCCAUGGUCAUGGCUGCCAGUGCAGAGGUGUCCGACUUUUACAAGCUUCCGUCCACGGACGCGGCUGGCUUCAGGGAUCUCCUGGCGGCGGAGUGCACGCAGCUACUUGAGCGGCGGAGCAGGGACUUUGAAGAGUAUGCUGAACAGGCUGACGUUUUGGAACAGACGAACCUCAACAAUGCCGCGGUGACCAAGGACCGGCAAGAGCAGGCGAUUUAUGCCUUUACUAUUGUCACCAUUAUCUUUUUGCCUCUGAGCGCCGUCUCGAGCGUCUUCGGGAUGAACUCUAGCGACAUCCGAGACAUGGAGGCCGGGCAGUGGUUGUACUGGGCUACCGCGAUACCCGUCACCAUCUUAACGAUUGUGCUGGGUCUGUGGUGGAUGGGCGAGAUAGGACACCUCGUCGACUGGGUGCUCAGAAAAGUGCGAGGCGACGACAGAGUGGGCACAAAAUUUCCCGCCUCAUCGUACAGUAGCGGGGACAUGUCCGAGAAGCCUAGCUACCAGCAGCAUGCCGGUAUCGAGGUUAUCAAUGCUCCGCGGGCCGUGUAUAGUCGGCCAAUGUUGGCCAAGCAGAGCUUCACGAGGCGGCUGGACAGACGACGAAGCCAACGGACGUGA